AUGGCGGUAUUCUGCAGUGGGUGCAAACGUCAGUUCACCCAUACACGAGGGCUUUCGCGGCACCAGUCAAAGUGUAGUCUUUACCGGAAGCACGUGGAAGAACAAAUCAAGAUCCAUCAAGAUAUUCACAAGAGGCUGAGGAUACAAGCAGCUCAGCGAGAGAAAGAAAUUAGCCGACAAACACAGAUUCCGAGUACUCAGACGGAGGAGCAGGAUAGUGGUUUGGAGGCAGAGUUUGGUGGUUCGAGUAUGCCGGAAGAUGUGCCGAAGGCAGAAACUAUGCAACAGCCAUUGACUGAGGCUGCCAGGCCGUUAUCGUUCCAUGCAGACGAGCGCGGGGUGGAAGGCGAUGAGUGCGGUGCCAGUGUGGAAGGCGACGAGCGCGAGAGUGUGGAGGACGAUGGUGAAGACUCCGAAUCAGAGGACAGUGAAGAUUAUGACGGAGACGAAGAAGAUGUCGAGGAUAUUCAAGAGGACUUGUGGGAGGACUCGGACGGACUCGAGGGCUUUGCCGCGUUGUAA